UGUAGUAGUACUGCAGGUACUGGUCCUGUGACUGAGGACUGACUCUCUGCUGACACCUGCUGGUUCAACAGGACUGACACCACUAUGACCUGUGGAGCAGGUGGAUCAGACCUGGUGUUGAAUAUGAGGCAGGAGGGGACACUGGUCCUCCUCCUCAGAGGAGGAGUGAAGUGAUGAAGCUGAUGGUUCCUCUUCUUCUCUGUUGAUGACUCAGCUUCUUUCACUCUCAGCUCCAGGUCAGGAAGUGUGUGCUCUAAUAAAACACAUCAGAUGUUCUGUCUCAUCCUUCAACUCUCAGGUUCACACACUUUGGAUCUUCAGCUGCUGCUCUGACCCCGACCUGCUGCUGUUUACUGCAGCUGCUGCAAGUUCACUGUGAUGGAGGAGUUUCCUGUAAAUCACGUGACUCCUCUGUUCAUACAGGUCGGGGCGUGGCGAACAGAGGCGGAGAGAAACAAACCGGACAGAGCGUAGUGUCAUUCAGACUCAGAGUUUGAAUUAAAAAGGCUGAUCAGUAGUGAAGCUCCAUUUCCUCACUUUCAGCUGCAUCUAACAACUUUCAUCAACGAGUUUUUGCAACAAGUGGACAGCGAUUAGACAGAAGAGGCAAAAGAGGAAGAAGAUGUUUUCUUCAGCUCUGAUCGUCUCUGUGUUUCUCUUCACUUGUUUCCUGACAUCUGUGGACUCUGCAGACUCUACAGAGAUAACAGUGAAGCCUGGAGAAGAUGUCCUCCUUCACUGUCAGGGUCCCAGAGAUGAUACCAUCAUAGUGUUAAAGUGGAUUGGUCUAUACCCGGAGUCAGAGGGUUAUGUCUUCUACUACAUAAAGAAGGAUUUAAAUGAUGAAUACCAGCAUCCAUCUUUUCGUGGUCGAGUGGAGCUGAGAGAUCCAGAGAUGAAGAACGGAGACGCCUCUGUGAUUCUGAAGAACGUCAACAUCAACGAUGCUGGAAGAUAUGAGUGUUAUGUUAGAAAGAACAACACGGGGAGCAGCACUGAGUUCAACAACACCAUCAGCCUGAAGGUUGAAUCAGGUGAGUUUGUAGAAUCCAGACUCAGGUGAGUUUUGGAGCAGCAGCUUCCUAGUUGUUGAUGUGAGAGUGAAGGCUGAUCACAGAUCAGAUGUUGGUGUUUUCUAAAGAUGUUGUUGAUGAGACUUUGUAGAAAACAGCUGGUAUGAGUGAUGUGAUCAAAGUGCAGUAGAUAAUGUCUGACAGGAGUUUGAAGAGGAAAUGGAUUCUGUUCUGUUCUUCAGUCAUCACCUACCUGACACUGAUACCUCACACCUGCUUCUACUCUGCAGGUAACACACAGGGACACAGGGAGGAGGGAGGAGACAAGGAGGGAGGAGAAACAGGUGGAGACAGCAGAGGACAUGGUGGACUGAUCGUUGGUCUGUCUCUGUCUCUGAUUGUUGUUGUUAUUGUUGGUGUUAUGAUCUAUAGAAGAUGUAGAGGACGUACGGAGCAGAAUUCAGAUCCUCCUCCUCUUAAUGAAGCAGCUGUUCCUCUUCAGAGUCUCUGAUCUCCUUGGUCCUGAAUCUUUGUCUCCUGUCAGACAAAGAAGAACAGAAUCAGAGGGUUUGAAGAAAACUAAAGUCUAAAAACAGGAAGCAGUGUUAGUGUGUUCAGAUGCUCAGGACAAACAGCUGCUUUGCUCUCUGACUCUUCCUCUGCUCUGAA